AUGGUCUCAAUGUUUCACCUCGAUGACUUACCCGCCGAAGUUAAACUGUUAAUAAUCUCUUACGCGCCAGAAUUAAGUACGGCUUCAAAGCACUACUAUUAUCUGCGCAACAAUCGAGAGCCAAAUAAGCUGUCGAAGAUUGAAAUGCUGCCAAAAGAUAUUAAGAUCCGCUUAUUAUCUUUGGCACCCAACCUGCGAUUUGCUUCAGCAGAGUGGUAUUGCUUACAUAAUGAGUUAUACAGACAGAAGUGUCAGUGUAUAUAUUCCGGGAAGUGGACUUAUAAACAUUUAAAAAUCGCUCAACAAGUCCGGUGUCAGUGUCAAGGUACUGAGCCCUUAAGGAAACUAUGCCUUCGUUACUCUGCGAGGACUUGCAGCUCCUUGCAGGACAACUCUUCAGUACUACCCUACUUUUCUGACUCGUGGCAUUAUAUAUAUGAGAACAUAUUAGAUUACCAUGACAUAUAA